AAAGUCACAUCAGUCGGGCUUCACCAUUCCCGUGACGGAGGGAGAGGUGUCGCUCGCCUUCGGCAUUUUUCGCAACACCAACACAGACAAAAUGGCCGACACCGAACAGCUGGCUAGGGGAUACGUCUCCAACAACAACACCCAGUCCGACGCGGGCCUCUUCUUGCUCGACAGGCUCAACGUCGCCCCGGGCAUGCACGUGCUCGACGUCGGCUGCGGGCCCGGCAACCUGACGGCGCACAUGGUCACCCUCGUCGGCGAGUCCGGGCGUGUGGUCGGCAUCGACCCCAGCCCGGAGCGCAUCAAGUUGGCCCGCGAAACCUACGCCGCCGCCGCCGCCGCCGCCGCCUCCUCGUCUUCAAACUUGGCCUUCCACGAGGGCCGGGCCGAGGACCUGUCGCGCUUCGGCGACGCCAGCUUCGACGCCGUCUUUGUCAACUCCACCUUCCACUGGAUCGCGGACCAGGCGCUCGCGGUCCGCGAGUUCGCGCGCGUGCUGCGGCCGGGCGGGCGGCUGGGCGUGUCGGGCGGGUCGGGCGACUUCGUGGCGCUGCACGAGCGCAUCAAGGCCGACGUGCUGGCGCGCGAGCCGUACGCGGCCUACCCGGACGGUGGCGCGGCCGGGGGCCCCAGGUUCGUGAAGAGGCGCGAGAUGGAGGGGCUGCUGGACGACGCCGGGUUCGCGGGCCACGAGAUCGUGGUCAACAGGAUCGUCAAGACGGCCAGGGACGGGGCGGCCAUGGUCGAGUGGCUCGACACCAGCUCGUCGGGCAAGACGUACGGCGGCAUCCCGCUCGAGCUGCGCCCCAUGGCCAGGGAGGAGAUGAUCCGUGAGUGGGACAAGGUCACUACCGAGGACGGGAUCCGGAUGGACAUGGAGCUGCUGGUCACUGUUGCCACCCGAUGACGGCUGGGGUUGCGAAUGAGUUGUCAAGUCGACGGGGGUCGCGUGUGGAAUCUUGACUAAUUCGGCACUGGACUUGGAGUCGGUGUAAACGGCAGUUUACAUGCGUGGUCCGUCCAGGGCGCGUACCUACCAAUGAAUCGGACCUUUUGUGGUGUUGAGCAAAUUUGAGAAGUUUACGGCGGCAGCACCCACAGCACCCACAGCACCUGCACCACCUAUGCGCCUGGGGUGCAGGUAAUGCAAGUGAAAAGAAGGGAAAAGAGCAAAAGCUUAAAGCAAAGGGUGGAAGGUGUCGAUUUUUAUGCUUUGGGAAAGCGUUCCACCUUCAGACGGGAAAGAUAGCCACACACUUGGUUUGUUAGCCACUCCAGAAAAAAAAUAAGGCCAGGCACAUUUCAGGCGUCUGGUUGCAAAAAUUGAUCUCAAUAGGUGGCUCAACAGCCGAUCAACAUAAACAGGUGAAGCAAACAGCACGGGCCUGUGAAAUGCAGGCCUGCAACCCGCCUUCCGGAUCGGGCAAUUUUCGGAGUGGGCCGUUGCGGGGUGCAGCAGGGAUUAAUUCCAUGGACCUCCAGAGUCAAGCUCCCGACGACACGGCCUGGUCCGCCGAUGAAUGGACCUGAAGCGGGCAUACUAUUAUCGAUCUAGAUAGAGAAAGGUAUUUAGUGAUCAUAUUGGUAACACAUUCAUCUCAGAUUGUCCAUUCUCCUUCGCAGCCGUCCUCCUAUCAGAAACCAGUCAACCGCCCAC